UGUGGCUGUCCUAGACUGCAAGGAUACGUGCAGGGAGUACAAGUCAUGGUGGCGGACGGGCGGACCAAAGGGCGCGUUCAACAACAAAAAACGUUUUGGAAUCUUCAGAUAGAGAUGUCAUGAAUAGAUGCAACAUGCAUCCUUGGUCUUGUUCUUCUAUAUAUUUAUAUGUGCAACGUUCGACAACGUUUGGUAACUGAACGUGGCCCAGGGAACAAACAAAACAGAGAAGCGCGACUCGCCCUGGAUCCUCAGGCAAUUUCGGAGGGCCAGAAUCCACCACAGUCCAGCAGCGGUCCUCUGAUUUGGCAUGCACCUGGAGUAACAACUGUCAAGCUAGCAACUACCUGAAAACUGCAAAUACCGCCAGACAGACAAACCGCAGGAGACGAAGAGGAGGUUGGAGGAUUGUCAGGGCAUGCAUAUUUUCAUCAAGUAGUCUCUGUCCACCGUUCAGAUUAGUACUCAUCACACACACCCCUACCAGUCAACAUGGAGGAUGAACUGAUGUUCAGUAUGGACGAGGUGGGCAGUGCCCAGCGUAACCCACUGCAACAGAGGACCCCUGAUCAACGGGCCCCAUCUCUUAGCGACGCUUACGAUAGCGACGAGGACGACUACUACAUCUGUCCAAUCACAGACGACCCUGUCAGCCAGGCCGAAGACAUCUGUGGCUAUUUAAAGAAUCUCGUCCACAGCAAGCAGCUGUCCAACUCCCCCAAAAACUCCUUCUCCUACAAGAAUGAAACAGAAACGGAGAAAGAAACUCCACAACAGUCUGUCGGGUUUGGGGCGUUUUCUGACAAUGCACGGGCGGUCUGGAAAAGAGCCAUAGAGAAGGCCAAGGCCAUGCCUGACCCAUGGGCUGAGUUUCACCUGGAGGAAGUCAAGACAGAGCCAUGCAUACGAUACAGGUACAAUGCUAUCACGGCUGCGUGGUCUCAAGACACAGUGCACAUCAAGGUUUCUGGCCAGCCUUUUGGACGUGGGGCCAUGAGGGAAUGCUUCAGAACGAAGAAGCUCUCUAACUUCUCCCACAGUAGUAACUGGAAGUGUGCGUGUAACUAUGUGACGAAGCGCUACAUGGAGCCUGUGGACAGGGAUGUGUACUUUGAGGAUGUCAGGCUGCAGAUGGAGGCCAAACUCUGGGGAGAAGAGUACAACCGCCACAGGCCACCCAAACAAGUGGACAUCAUGCAGAUGUGUGUGAUUGAGAUGAUGGAGCGUCCAGGUAAACCUCUGUACCACCUGGAACACUACAUAGAGGGGAAGUACAUCAAAUACAACUCCAACUCUGGCUUCGUCAAGGAUGACAACAUCAGGCUCACGCCACAGGCAUUCAGUCACUUCUCGUUUGAACGUUCGGCCCACCAGCUGAUUGUGGUGGACAUCCAGGGGGUGGGGGACCUCUACACGGACCCUCAGAUCCACACAGAGAGGGGGACAGACUUCGGAGACGGAAACCUGGGUGUGCGGGGCAUGGCACUGUUCUUCCACUCCCACCUGUGUAAUAAGAUAUGUAAGAGUAUGGGGCUCACACCCUUUGACCUCUCCACUGCAGAGAAAAGCCAGCUAGACUGCACCAACACACUGCUGAAGUCAGCCCAGACGGUACUGAGGGGUAGUGAGGAACAGUGUGGUUUCACUCGUUUUCGUACUAUAUCAGGGGGCCGUGUGCCCCCACUUCUCUCCCACCUGUCGGAGACCUCGUCUGGGGACGACUCUAUGAGUGACAUAAGUGACUCCAUCCCCUGCUCGCCCCUCGCCUUCCCCGGCUCUCCACUAGGACAGCACUUCUCUAUGGGCUCCAUGGGCAGGUCUCCUCUGGGUUGGUCUUUCAUAAAUGAGAUGGAUGAACGGGAGAAACACAACCGCAGCCACAGCCCAGAACACAAGGACUCAGAGAAUGGAGGAGACAGUGGUUGCCCAAGUGAGAGGAGGAGUGAAGGGGACCCAACCGACCAUGCAGAUGGGGCCCGCCCCCACCGCUACAACAGAUACUACUCUGAGUCGGACGAGGACAGUGUGAGACGGAGAAAGGUUCCCAGCAGAUCUUCCCCUAACCCAAACUUAAACUGUCCUGUCGUAAACACCCCCAGCAGCCAACCGCUGACAGAUGAUAAAUGGAGUGUCUACCACUCGUCUCGUUCUCAUGUCCACCGGCCAUCCUGUGUUGCUGUGGAGAUGGAGAGACUUGACUCGCUGAUCCUGGAGAGGAAGAUUGGCAAGUCCAUCCUGGGGAAGGUGCACCUGGCGAUGGUGCAUUACCACGAGGCUGGUCGGUUCUGUGACAAGGAGGAGCAAUGGGACCAGGACUCAGCCAUGUACCACCUGGAGAGAGCCGCCAUGUGUGGGGAACUAGAGGCUAUCGUUGCCCUGGGACAGUGUUACCUACAGCUGCCACACCAUAUACUGUCAGAGAUGGAGCUAGAGGACAACUCAGGGAGCCGUAUGAAGGGCUUUAAGUUCCUGCUGCAGGCUGCUGAGGCAGGACACAGAUCCUGCAUGAUCCUGGUGGCCAGGGCCUUCGACACCGGCAUCAACCUCUCACCAGACAGGUCCCAGGACUGGAAGGAGGCGAUGAGAUGGUACAACUGUGCCCUGAACAUGACAGACUAUGAUGAGGGGGGCGAGUUUGACGGCAUGCAGGAUGAGCCUUGCUACCGGCUGCUGGCCAGAGAGGCUGAGAUGUACCAGGAGGGGGGCCACAGCCUGGACCCAGACCCACAGAGAGCAGGUGAUCUGUUCACAGAGGCAGCAGACGCAGCCAUGGAGGCGAUGAAGGGCCGACUGGCCAACCAGUACUAUAUGAAAGCAGAGGAGGCCUGGGGCAUGAUGGAGGAAGAGGAGUAGGAGACAGGGACUGGCACUGCCAGGCCAAAGGAAUCGGCUAAAGCAGAAACAAGCUGGCACCCAGGAUAAUGUUGUGAUGGAUUUUCCUCCCUAAUGGUUUAACGUUUACAGACACAUUUACUGUGUGAUUUCCAAAAUGCUGUGUGAUUGUUUGAUCUGUAUAUGACCUUUUAUGCAGCCGUCCUCCGGCUUAGCUAUCUUUCUUGGUGCUUCAGAGGGAAUUAUGUCUGGUCCUUGUCUUGUACAUUUUUCCCCUUUUCUAUUCCUGUCCCCAUUGCCCUUUGGACUAAUGAAUAUGGUUGCAUUUCAGAGGCAAUUUACCGAACUGAAAAUAAGCCAUUUCAAACUAGAAAAGUAAAUUUCCUGAAAACAAUUGUGCUUGCUAGCUUAAAGGGAUAUUUUAGGAUUUUUUUCAUUGAGGCCGUUCAUCUACUUCCCCAGAGUCAGAUGCACUUGUGGAUACCAUUUUUAUGUCUUUGUGUCCAGUAAGAAGGAAGUUGGAGGUCGUUUUGUGAGCCAAUGCUAACUAGCAUUAGCACAAUGACAAAGUCUGUGUAUCUGCUAGCAUGCUAGUAGAUACCCAUAGACUUAGAGUAAUUGUGUUAAAGCUAGUUGUGUUAAUAUUUGUAGCUGAAAUUGUUACAGAUAAUUAGCAUUGGAAGUGUCUACCAUUGUUCUUACGGUUGGCAUUGAAUUCAUGAAGUUUCAUGAUAGUUUAUAUAAAUUAAUUGAAGUUGGGAUAGCCUAAAUGUUUUAAAGUUGGUAUUGUAGCUUAUUCCAUGGGUCUCAUUCAAACCCAUGUUAAUAUAUGGUAAUAUGAAAUGGUUAUAGUAUAAAAAAUCUGAAUGCAAGCACACUAAGUUGAUUUCAAAGUCUGGUUGGAGUUGAUAGCUAAGCAUCCUGACACUGUACAGCAUCCCUUUCUUAAGGCGUGCUUCAGUUCGGCUGGCCCUUAGCCAAACUCGGCUAGCCAAACUGAACGAGUGUGCUCACAUACUCCCUUAAAACACAUUCGCUUGAAAAACAGAAAGAAAACCCGCCAAUAGUAGUUUGUCCAUUUUGAGAUGAAGUAGCAAGUAUACACUUCUUCAAAAUAGUCAGAAUUAAUCUAAGAACUCAAGAAAUGUCAUUAAUUUUGAUGUUUUUGCCUAGGAGAUCUUAGACCUGCAAUUUGACAUCUAACUAGGAUGUUUGGUACAGUAUUUGUUUAUGAAAAAAAUUGCAUGAAAACGAGUCAUCUCUCGUUGAAUGACAGACUUUAUGGAAGAAUCCCUACUGUUGACCUACAGUAGACUUCGUUAGGCUCCAAACUUCGGCUUGCCUCUGGAAAGAAAUGUGUGCUCGAACAAACGAGAACAAAAAAAACUAAUCGAAGUCCGAAACGUCACAAAAUGUCGUCAUAAUAUAUGCACGAACUCUACCAAACUUUUUCGGCUGGGACGCGUGCAGACGCCUUUAAAAAUACGGUGACAAUUUCAGAAAUGAAAUGGGCUGUUACUGCAAGUUAAGGUGAACACAAAACAACUCUCAAAUAUAAUGAAAAUGUCUAUACAUUUCAGCUAUUUCAAAAACAUUGCUCUGCUAUUAGUAUUUUUACUGUAUAAAUGUUGGGCUCAACGAGACAAUUCUGCUUACACUGCCCUGCUUAGAGGGGGGCAACGGUCGGCCGAGUGUCGUGCGCGACCUCCGGAGGUAGCGUUCGAGACGUGAGAAAUGUGCAAGUUUACAUUACGAUUAUGUCUCUCGAGUAUCCCUCAAUUCUCCUUAAUACUUGUCAAUGAGAAUAGACCCUUAAACGGUUCAAGAGGAGAUGCGUUUUGACUUUUAACAAAAGGGCCAUUAACUCAAAGGUAAUGGCCCUUGUAUUGCCAUUAAAUGCAUUGGAGAUCAUGUAAAAAAUAAAUAUAUAUAAAUGCUCUAAAAUAUAAAUGCUCUAAAAUGAAUACAAAUUCUCAAGCAAUCUAGGUUUGGGCUGGUUGUAUGUUUUUAAAGUUGGUUUUGAGUUCAAAACUUAAAUCCUUUAAGCUCUAGAGCGGGUGGAAGAAAUCUAAUAAGAAUGCAUAUUACAUUUUAAGAAAUCUAGAGUGGUCGUGCCUUCAGCAAGCACAUUAAUUAAUGUUUGAUUCAUGAAGUAAACAUUUCAUGAACAAAUGUUGUUUACUUUGUGUUGGUUUUGCCUAACACUUUUGUAAUAGAGGGCACUUGUUGCAUUGUUUGCAUACUUGUGUAUAUGACUGCAUGGAAGUAGCUAUAUGUAAAUGUCUCUUGACUUUGGAAUAAAUAUGAUUUUAUUGCA